AUGCUGGGCUAUCUAGGACUAGGUACUGUUAGCGGAGCAGAAAUCGAUGAACUCUUUGCCGGUCCCAAUCGACCUCUUCCGAAGCCUAGCUAUGAUCCUCGAGGCAGUCCAUCGGUUGAGCUGAAGCGUGAACAGGGUCCCUCUGUGAUAAAGGCCGCGUCUGACUCCAUGUCGAGCGGCGUGAGCGACCUCUACAACCGACUGGGUAGUGCACUCGCUGAGCGGGGACAAAAACUUGGAGAACUUGAAGAGACAUUUAGUUCCCUUGAGCAAGGAAGCAAGGGUAUGCUGGCUCAGGCGCAAAAGCUGGCAGCGCAGCAAAGCGCGAAAAAAUGGUUCGCUUUUUGA